UGAGAUGCAGGUACAUCCAGCUGAAGAGUCCCGAUUAGGAUGAAAUGCGCGUCCUGGAUUCCACUGCGAGCCACUAUUUUCUCUGCUUAUAGGAAAUAUUAGUUUAAAAAGAAUGAGUAAAUUUAGAAUGUGCGAUUUAUAGUUUAAGAUUUAUAUGAGAGUAGAGGAAGAACUCAUCGUUAUCAAUCCCACUAAUUUCAAGCCAUAUCUCCUAUGGUCUCCAAUCAAAGAUUACUUCAUGCAUCGAUGAUUCCGCUUGACCAUCAGCUUAGCCAGCAUAGCUGAUCCAGCUGUGAUUUUGGUGGAGUUUUUUUCUCUGAGCUGGAUGGUUUGGUCGUGGAGCUUUCAUCGUUCUUCUGAACGGCAUCAUAUACGAUUAUUGUCAUAUUGCAUAAAAUACUUUCCGACCAACCAAAUGUCAAUUUGUUGAUUAUUUGGCGCCACUACCUAUCAGGCAGAUAAACUAUAUGGAAACUGGGGUCGAUGAAGAUAUGUAAGCUUUUAGGGUUUACACCAUUGUGAUUAACACCCAUCACUUUUAACUAUGAGAUCACGUUAAUAAGCUUGAAUUCAUAUAUUAAGAUUUUGUUUGUGUAGUGUAAUUAGGAUUUGAUCCAUUUAGUUAGUAUUUUUCACUUUUUAAUUCAAUUUCUAUUUAGUCAGCUGAAAGCAGCCAGUCUGUUGCUUCUGGUGUUUCAUAUGAAUUAAGGCUAUGAGUGACGGCUGGCCAUGUAUUUCAAUCAAGUGAAAACAGUUUGGCAUCUCGUCCAUACAUCACUAUAGACCAUUCUGGUCACAAUUUUCAUGAUCAGUUUCUGGAGCUGCAGAAUAUGACUGCUUGAUACUUACCGCAUUUGAAUGAUGAAAUUCAGCUACAAAGUACUUGUUUAUAUACCUAGUUUUCAGCUACUUUAGGUAAAGGAUAAUGGUACUUCACAAUUUUUCAAACGGAAAUAGGUCAGGAGGGGUUUGAACAACAACGUGAUGAUUUAAAGACGAGCGAUCUGACCAUUAAGCUACCUCUCUGAGCACCACAUUCCUCACUUUGUCAUGUCAGUUGAUAGGUUCAACUAAUCAAAGCUAUUAGAUGUUGUGUUUCAAUCACUGUGUGCACAAAAUUAUGAGAAAGCAGCUAAUGAAAAAUAUGAUAUAAAAGAUAAUGAAGUUAUUUGGUAAAAAUAAUUUAAGCAAUACAGCUUAAACGUCAUUGUACAACAAUUGUCUCUGAAUUUAUGACCGAUUAUUCAGGAACACUUUGUACUUAUUACUUCAAUAAUCAUGACACACCAUCAAUGGGAAGAUUUUUUAUUUUUAUAAAGGUUCUCCAGCUUUCUAGAUAAUUAACUUACAAUUGUUUACAUAAAAGUAUUUUCAUGAUUUAAUUCACUAUGAAUCAACAAAACCCUAAUAAUGAGUACACAAAUUGAAAUCAAAGUUUUCUGUUUCAUGUACCUCCUCAGUUGGCCUAAACCUUCUUACACUCGAAGUUGUAAAUUGUGUUUCGUUUUAACAUAAAAGUAACUCUGUAUAAACUGUUUCAAUACAGAAUGCAUCUAGUCAUUAGUAAAACAAUAAUAAAUUAGAAGUGAUAUUGUUAUCCAGUUGAGGGUAGGAUUUUAGUUAUGUUCAAAAUGAAGUUAAAUCCAUUAUGAUCGCUUUUAAAAUCAACACAAACUCUCGGCUUUUUGAGUUAUUUGAUUUGCUAAUUUGUAAGUUGGUUCAACAAAUGCCCCUAUAAAAUAAUUUCAAGUUUGGCUUACGAUAUCGUCUGUGUAUGUCUUUAUUUGCUGGCUGGACAAGUAACAAUACAAUAAAUAAAAUGGAGUAAAGUUCCAAACUUGUAUUGAUCACUUAAGUAUUAAAUGCAGAUUUGUUUUAAUAGCCAAUCAGUGUAAAACUGCACGUAUAAACAUUAGAGCAAACCAAUGAAGUUAAGCUUAUGUUGAAUCGUAUUAUAGCUUGUCAUUCUAAACAAAUAUAUAAACUAUAGAAACUUGAACGCUAAGGAAGAUUAAUGAUAUCCUAAUUAUUAAAAUGCAACAAACAUCUCUUCGCCUUAUAUUUUUGUGUAGUCUAUUGAUAUUUAUUCAACAGUGCAAUAAAACUGAUGCUCAGAUAUUUCGCAAUUUAUCGGUUUCUAUUAAAAAACGACUGGAUGACUUAAUCUCAUCAUUAACAAUAGAGGAGCUUGUUGAGCAAAUGGCAAAUGGUGGCGCAGGUCCAACAUACGGUCCUGCACCGGCUAUACCUAGAUUGAAGAUCAAACCCUAUCAAUGGCGUACAAAUCCAAAUCAAGGUCUUUGUACUUCAUUUGUAAGUCACAUUAAUCAAGCUGCCUCGUUUGAUAUACUGGAUGUCUGGAAAAUCGCUUUCGCAAACGGCUUAGAAAUGCGAGCUAAAUGGAAUCAGUUUAGUAAACAAAAUAAUUACCGUGAUAAUACGGGAAUAAAUGUGUUUGCACCGACUGUCAAUCUUCUUCGGCAUCCUCUUUGGGGAAGGAAUAAGGAGACUUACGGGGAAGAUCCAUAUUUGGCGGCUGAAUUAGCUAGAGCAUAUGUACAUGGGAUUAGUGGUUGGAAUGUACCACACGAUGGCUCAAUCAAGGUAAACUUACUAACAAUAAAUCCAAUCAGACAACAUGUUGUAUUGGUUGGUGCAAACUGUAAACACUAUGCUGCGCAUUCCGGACCAGAAAACGAUCCUGUUUCAAGGUUAUCUUUUGAAGCCGAUGUUCCGGAACACGAUUUGUGGAUGACCUAUUUUCCUGCUUUUCGUGCAUGUAUGGAAGCUGGAGCUGUUGGAGUUAUGUGUGCAUAUAGCGGAGUGAAUGGCACACCAGCUUGUGUAAAUCACUGGCUAUUAGAUACUGUACUUCGAAAGCAGUGGAAAUAUCCAGGUUUUGUAAUCAGUGAUGAAGGUGCCUUGCAAUUUUUGAUAUCGAAACAUCAUGUUUAUUCGUCUUUACAAGAAGCUGCUUUAGCUGCAGUUAAAGCUGGUGUAAAUAUAGAAAAUGCGUUACCUAAUAAUGUUAACGUUUAUUCUGAAUUAUUAAACCUUACAAAAUCUGGUAAUGUGACUGAAGAUGAAUUACGAAAUCUAGUUCGUCCUUUGUUCCUUGCUAGAAUUCUAGAAGGUGAAUUAAAUUCGCCAGAAAUGGAUCCAUAUGCUCAUUUAUUACCCAGUACAGUUGUCAAGAGUGAAAAGCAUAAAUAUUUAUCCUUGGUUACUGCAGCCAAAACAAUGGUACUUUUGAAAAACUCUGAAGAAUUCCUUCCACUUAAAAUGAAACCAGAUACAAAUGAACGGCCGUUAAAACAUGUUGCCUUACUUGGACCAUUUUCAAGAAAUAUCAGUGAAUUGGUUGGAAGUUACACUAAACACAUUGAUCCGGCUGAUACAGUUCCACUGGAUAAAACUCUUGAAAAAAUAAGUGAAAACGUUACUGCUUCAGAUAUUUGCAUUGAUGGUGGGAAGUGUACAAUGUACGACGAUUUAGCUAUCCAAGAAAUACUUUCCCAACCAGAUAUUGACCUUGUUAUCAUAACAAUUGGCACGGGACGAAAUGUUGAAGACGAAGCACAUGAUAGACAUAAUCUUAAUCUACCUGGACAUCAGAAUGAAUUUUUAUUAAGUACACUAGAUAUGGCAGCUGGUCGGGGGAUAAUUAGGCGCAAGCCUGUCCCAGUAGUUUUAUUAGUCUUUUCUUCUGGACCAAUUGAUAUUGAGCCAGCAGUGGAAGAUGAAAAUGAACGAAUCACGAUUGACAGAAUCAUACAUUCAAAUUGCAAUUGGAUGUCUUUGAUUUCAGUGCUUUUUUGAUUUUUGAGAAACUGAUGCGUCAAGUUAUCAUGUAUUGCUUAAUGUGUAACGCAAAGAUGUUUAUUCACAAAUAGUAUUAACCAGAAGUAUUGGAUCUAUAACUCGUCCUAGAUUCAUGAAGUAAUUGACAGAAAAAUUAUUUCAAUCUCUAAACGAUAUGACUACUAGUUGUAAACAAGUAAUCAAUAUAAUUACGAUGUUUUUAUCUGGAUAAUUUAAAUGAUUCUGACUCUGAUAUUAUUAAGUUCAACAUACAGGUUCAUCAAGCUGCUUCAUAUGCUAUCAAAUAGCCUUUAUUAUACAAUAUUAGAUUUUAUUUUUUUGUGGCUAUAUCACAACAUAAUAAAUGUUGAACAUAGCAACCUAAUACAUGUUAAGUUUUUACGCAAAUGAACGAUGGAAUUAUUUCAACUUAAAUAAGUUUUAAUUUUACGAUAAAUUGGAUAUCUAUUCACUUUCUCAAGGUUAAAUCCAUAUUUUGGUGUGGUUAUAUGAAUGACAUACUCGGUGAAGUAAUAGUUCGUGUACUGAUGGGAAAUCCUGGUAAACCUUUUGGGCCGUACGCACCGUUGCUACGAUUGGAUCCUGAAUUAUCCGAAAUCGGUAUGUGGGGUAUGGAUAUAGAUGAAGGUUACUGGUGGGUACCAGCUGCUAGAUUACCAUUUACAUGGUACGCAUCAAUUGACGAGUUAGCCAAUAUAACUGUAUAUAAAAUGACAAAUCAGACCUAUCGUUACUUGCCAAAAUCUUGUACCAAGCAACAAAAUGCAUGUAAAAUACCAAUUUUGUAUCCAUUUGGCUAUGGAUUAUCAUACAACAUGCUAUCCCCUUCUCUUAGUGGUAUUGAAUAUUCAGAACUGGAGUUGCCACUGUCUCCGGUUAAACCAAAUCAACCAAUAACUGUUUAUGCAACUGUAGCUAACGUAGGAGAUAUUGCGUGUGAGGAAGUAGUACAACUGUAUAUACAAUGGUUAAAAUGUGGGCAAACUGAUAUAACUAAUGAAGAUCAGUGGGAAUGCACUGCACCUAAUAUUCAAUUGGCAGGCUUUAAACGUAUUCGACUAGAUGUUGGCGAAAAAAAGGAUCUUCAUUUUCAGAUAUCCCCAGACCAGUUAAGUGUAUGGUCUAAUCAACAUAAAUCCAUGGUUCCUGGUCAAGGCACUCUCCGUAUAUCAGUUGGAGGACAACAACCUGAUCAACCAGUUACAGUUGGAUCAAACUAUUUGAUUGGUAUAGUUAAAAUAGAUCACAUAUAGCUGGAAAAGGCUUGGAACUUAAAACAAGGAAUGAGUUUGUUAUCAAUUAAUAUUGCUCUAUAUCUGAACUCAAUGGAUAAUGGUUGAUAUUAAAAUAUAUAAUUUGAAUAUAGCAAAAUUUUCUGCUCUUUAAGUAGACGAUUGAUUACAAGAAUUCCUAUUCUAACUCCCCAUAAAAAUAAAAUUUCAUGAACUAUUA